GUUCACCACAUAUGUGACUGAAAAUUAGUAUAAUUUUGAUGUAUUUUUAAAAAUUUUCCUUGUUUUUUAAAAUUAUUUUAUAGGUUUACUAUUAAUUUCAAUUAAUUUGUUUGUUUUUUGUAGUUUAAUGUCAGUAACAAUCCAUACUAAUUUCGGAGAUUUGAAGAUCGAGUUGUACUGUAAAGAUACCCCUAAAACUUGUAAGAAUUUCUUGGCUCUAUGCGCCUCAGAUUACUAUAAUAAUACCAAAUUCCACAGGAAUAUUAAGGGAUUCCUCAUACAGGGCGGAGAUCCCACUGGAACUGGCAAAGGAGGUGAGAGUAUCUAUAACGAACCAUUUGAAAAUGAACUUGUUCCUCAUUUGAAGCAUGACAAGAGGGGAGUUGUUAGUAUGUCGAACAAUGGCAAGGUUAAUGGGAAUACUUCCCAAUUCUUCAUAACUUAUUCAAAACAAAUGCACUUGAACAACCAGUAUACAGUUUUUGGACGGCUGAUUAGUGGCUUAGAUACAUUGGAGAAGCUGGAGAAUAUGCCUGUUGGUAAAAAGAACAGACCUGUUGAGGACAUCAUUAUCACUUCCACUACGAUACAUUCCAAUCCAAUCGCAGAUUUAGAAUCUUAAAUUUGAAUUUACUUAAUAACACGUA